UCUUUUUCAAUAAUUAGUAGGAUAACUUUUGCUUCGCUCAACAAUUGAUUGUCAAAAGAAGUUAAUUUACUAAUCAUUAUUGAAGAUUUGAAGAUUGGAAGAUUAUAAUCAGUUGGCUGAUUGAUUUGGUCAAAUCAAUUUACUAAUUGUAAACAUAAACACCAAUUAAAUUUGUUCAUCUUUAAUAAUUGAUUAUCAAGAUUUGGAUUAAAAAUGUCUUCCGAAUGGAAAAGUAAAAUUUCCUCCUUAAUGAGUGACCACAAGUUCCUCUUGUCCCACUCAUGGCGGCUUCUCAUUUGGGAGAAGCCUUUUUUCCCGAUAAUUACUUUCCUUUCGGUUACAAUUUUCUUCUGGAUAAUCGCCAUGUCUAAAGCCUCCGUUAUAACAACAUUCGCAAUCAUUGGUAUUUUAAUUACGUUUAUUGACUUUAUUGGACCUACAGUUUAUCCCUCGUUGGUACCACAAUUUGGUUCUCAAAGUGAAUCUGAUUACGAAGCUGCUUGUGGUUAUCUCGCUUUACCAUUUAAAUUGAUCGCAAAGGGAAUUGAUAAAUUAAUCGAAUUGAAACAACGGCAAAAGGCCAUUCUUUCGGGUGCCGUUGCUGGUGUUCUACUUCUUUCCAGUCUUCUUGGUCGAGUCAACAAUUAUUACCUUUGUUACCUCGCUUCGGUCAUCUUUUUAAUGGCCCCUGGUGCUCUUAAAAAGGCUGGAAUCAAUAUCGAUGAUAGUUCCAGCAGUGGUCGAAGUGGCUCAAUAUCGUCUCCCGGUGGUUAUGGUGGUACUACAACAACCGGAUAUGGUUCAAGUUCACCUUAUGCUGGUGGAUCAUCAUUCUCACCCUCAACAUCAUCAACACCAAUUAAACCGUCGUCAGGUACCGGAAGCACAAUCGGAGAUGAUGCUAAAACCAAAUCAAACGAUGACGAUGAUUAAACUAAUAUUCAAAAUAUCAAUCAAUCAAUUAUUCUGAUCUCUUUAUAAUAAGAUGGACAAACCAAAAAAAAAUCGUUUCUUUCUCAAAAAAGUUAAUCCAAUUCUCCUUAAUCACUAAUCUCCAAUCUCCAAUGUUAAUCGUUAAUUGUUUCCAAAUUGUUUUUCUUUCCUGUUGUUUUCUCAUUAAUUGUGAUUCUCUCUGUUUGUUUGCUAGUUAAUAAAAAGAAGAAGAAGAAGAAGAAGAAAAA